CGACGUCAUAUUUACGCGACUGUUUUUGUUCAGCGGUCUGCAAAUUUGCAACUUCCAUCAUGGUUGUGUUUCCAUCUUCGCUAACGGAGGAAGAAGAAGCUUUGCAAAAGAAGUAUGCGAAGCUCAAGAAAAAGAAAAAGGCACUGCUUGCUCUUAAGAAGCAGAAUACAACCAACCAGGCAAACCCGAGUGGAUUAAAACGGACACUUUCAGACCAGCCUGUUGUUGACACGGCGACAGCAACUGAGCAAGCAAAGAUGUUGAUCAAAUCAGGGGCCAUCAGCGCCAUCAAGUCGGAGAACAAGAACUCGGGCUUUAAACGCUCUCGAACGCUGGAGAUUAAACUCAAGGAUCCUGAAAAGGGCCCAGUUCCAGCUUUCUUACCUUUCCAAAGGAGCGUUUCUACAGAUGAAGAGCUACCUGAGUCUGGAAGAAGAUCCCACAGGAAAUCACUUUAUGAAAGCUUUGUCAGUUCAAGUGACAGAUACCGCGAUGAAGAUGAUGGAGGAAUGUCCUCCAGUCGAGAGAUGGAUAGAGACCGGGAGAGAGAGCGAGAUCGAGAGAGGGACCGGGAGCGGGACAGGGACAGGGAGCGUGACCGCGAGAGGGAUCGAGAUCGAGAAAAGGAGAGAGAUCGAGAACGUGAACGGGACCGAGAACGGGACAAGGAUCGAGAGCGGGACAGGGAUCCAGAACGUGAUAGGCCGAGGGAGCGGGAUCGAGAAAAGGACAGGGAGAGAGACCGGAGCAGAGAGCGAAGCGCUGAGAUGGAUCGGGAUCGUGAGGCGGACAAAGAGCGCGAUGGAACUUUCAGACGGUCGGAUUCAUAUCCUGAACGUAGAGUCAGAAAAGGGAAUACGGUGUACGUUUACGGCUCGGGGCUCUCCGAGGACACCAUGCGCUCGGCUUUCUCUCAACACGGCAACAUCAUCGACCUCUCCAUGGAUAACCCACGCAAUUGUGCAUUCAUUACAUUUGAGAAGAUGGAGUCUGCAGACCAGGCAGUAGUUGAGCUAAACGGGAGCACAGUAGGAGAUGUUCACAUCAAAGUCAGCAUUGCCAGGAAGCAACCCAUGUUGGACGCUGCCACCGGCAAGUCCGUGUGGGCUUCUCUGGCUGUGCAUAACAGCACCAAAGGCUCUUACAGGGACAAGAGGAACCAGGUCGUGUACAGUGAAGAUUUCCUGGAGUGAAAAAAAUGGCGACGAUUAUUCAUUUGUAUUAUACCUAUGCUUUUUUCUCAUUACAACCUGACGAUUUAUUUUUCACCUUGUUUUUUUUUUUACGUGAAAAACAUCUAGAAUUGAGUGUUUAGCUUUUCUCAAGAGGACGCCAAGAACGUUAUGUCGCACGUCUUGUGCUUAUUGUCAGUACCAAUGACAAAAGUACAGUGCUGAAUAAAUAUAUGGCUCAAAAUCCAA